AUGAGCAGUUUGAAGGUUCAGUUGCAAAGCAUGUCUGACCUUGAGGAUGAAGUCUCAGUCUUAAAAAGCAAGCUCAAAGAAUUCAAGCUCGAUAAGGGAAAACUGGAGCUCGCGUUGCAUGCUAUUUCAGGGGAUUAUGAGGAACUGAAGGCGGAGAAGAUUUCAUUGUCUGAGAAAAUCUCCUUCUUUGAGGAUGCCAUGUCUGAGUUGGAGGAACACAAAAGGAACAAGUCAUACCUAGAAGAAAAGCUUCAGCAAAUGGAAAAGGAUUUGAGUGAAAAAGAGAUUAUAUGCAUCCAAAAUGAGGAUCUUAAACACGAGGUGACUGAGAUGAAAAGAUUGAACGUGCAGUUUCAGCAGAAGAUGUACGGACUCGAGGUGGAGAAAGACGAGUGCUUGAAGAAAGUGCAAGCCCUUGAAGAUAAUCUAAAACUGAUGGAGGAGAGAAAUAACCUUCACAAUGAGGGAGCUCAUAAUCUCGAGAAUGGAUUUGCUGAGAGGCAGAAAAAGAAUGGUGCUGUGGUGGCAAGAGAGAGGUAUGAAAGAACAAAGUCGUCACUGGAGACAGAGCUACGGGACCUGAGGGAGCGCUACCUAGAGAUGAGUCUUAAGUACGCGGAAGUGGAGGGCCAACGUGAGGAUCUUGUCAUGAAGCUUAGAGCAACCAGGACUGGAAACAGGUGGUUCUCAUGACUUCCCUACCUAUAUGUACAAGUAUGCAACAACUUCUCAUCAGUCUUAGUAUUGCUCUUUUCUCUUAACUUGUUAAUUAAGUAGUAAAUGCACCAGCAAAUCUGCUUCUGCAUAUUAGGACUAAUAAGCUAUGCUGUCACAGAGAGGUGUAUUGUAUACACAUCACAGACACAGAAUAAAUGAUCUAGCAAGUUGCACCUUCAAGAACCUGUUUCCUUUUGUUUCUACACAUGUAAUUUGUUCUACAUUGAUCACUGUAAAAUCAGGUACUUAACCAAGAUUAAGUUAACAACUUCUAACUUUUAACUUGUAAAAUCAGUAUAAUUAUUUAAAAUAAAUGUGAUGGAUCACAUAAGUCUUAUGCGCUUGAUGAUAGAUCACCUAGCCUUUUAAUUAAAUAAAACAAGGAAAGUCAACUUUAUAUGCCAUUGGUUCUGACUAAUCUACAACUAAUUAAAGGCCAAAAUCUGUUUGCUUUAAGAAGUAAGUAGUAAUCAAUGAAGCAUAAAAGAAUAAUCCGAUUCUCAGCUUAUGUCACUAGCCAUGAACUUGAAAUCUCAGUCAGAUCAAAACGGAAAGAAAAAGAAAACGCGAUAUAUAUUAUAUACAUAUAUGUAUAUAGUACAAGACUCACUAAGCUAUGCAGUACAAUAAACACAACCCCUUAUAACGCCCCAUAUAUAUAAAAUAUAAAUAUUAAAUGAAAAGUGGUGGUGACAUACUUCUUCAGCCUUUAAUCCGCUGUUAAACAAAGAAAAAAAAAAAAAAGAAAAGUAAAAAAGGAAAGGAAAGGCAGUGCAUGUACGGCAGCAGGAAAUUGAUCAAAGUGAGCAACAUUAAUAAAAUAAGUGGGAAAUUAAUAAGAGAAUUAGAUUACAAGUGUGUGUGUGUGUGUGAAUAUUGAGAUGCCAACAUAAUGGCAUAUCCGAUGGAAGAUACCUCAAAUCACUUCCUUUUUGAAAAAGGUAGUUAGUCACACCUCGUUCUUUUAUUGCUCCCACGACCUCAUUCCCAAUCCCUCUUCCUUAUAACACGCACACCAACUUUCUUCAUCAAACUCUCUUAAUCUUCGCCCACCACCACCAUGGCCGCCGCCGAGGUCGAAUCGCCUGCCGCGGCGGAGAGGGAGAAGCUGCAUGGAUCAUGGACGGCCGGGCCGGGCCGGGCUUGAUUGAAUGUGGUGGGCCUUCUUGUCUUAUAGGGCAACUUCUAUCCUUUGGCAUGUUCCAGUUUCCUGCUCUCUCUCUCUCUCUCUCUCUCGUGAGAGCCUUUAAUAUCGCUACUCCAAUCUCAAGGGUGAAGCAGAUUAUUAUAAUAAAUGUAUGCUGCUUUUUUCUUUGAAAUUAAAUUUGUAAUGCGCGCACAGUUCUAGGUUAAUGGAAAUAAUGUGUGCUCUUUGCUAA